CGGGAUUUUGCAACAUGGCGGCGAAGUGAGGGCGAAGUCGCGGGUGCUGUGCCAUCGAAAAAUGUAUCUUUCCUAGUCGCCCGUAGUAGCGAUCCCGUCGUUACCUCGCAGUCACGCGCGACAGUCGAGUUACGUGUCCGGGCGUUUGGGUGUCGUACGUCUACCGGCGUCGUUGGCGCGUGUAAAUAUGAGCGGGACGGCCGGCGGCAGCGCGACGACGAAGGUGACACCCCGCGGCACCGUGCGCCGCUCGAGCUCGAGCACGUAUGGCAGGGACUAGGGCUCGCGAUAAGGGAGCCCCGCUUUUGUCCGUGCGCGAGCGAGCCGCCAAGACAGGAGCACCAAGUAGCGACGCGAUGUUGUGGCCAGCCCUGCCGAAUUGUGAGAACAUAUACACAAGAGAUAGAAGCUCUAUCAAUCACUGUGAUUUCUGAUCGUACAUGCGUGCCAAACACGAAGAUAUAAGAGGGCGUUAAAAAGGGAUCCAAUGGUUUCCUGACAUGAUGGAAGGUAAAUUAUAUGUAAAGAAUGAGCCGGGACUUGAGGGGCAAUCGCUCACGAAUGCGCAGCCCAAUCCGCCCGAGGAUGGCGGCGGAGCGAGGAUCUGCUUCGUCUGUGGCGCCGUGGGCCACAGCGAGCAGCAUUGGUUACGAGUGAAACCAAGUCCAGGUGGUUCCAAUGAGCCCUACUUUCCGUUUCUCGAGUCGCACGAGCCGCCAAGCGGCUACCGCGGCGAUGGUGCCAGAAGCGGUGCUGUUAAGGCCUGCAAUCUCUGUUACAUACUGCUAUUGCAACAGUGGGAGAGCUACGAGCGGCAGCAUAGAUCACCCAGCGAGCGGAUUUAUUGGUUGAAGAGAUGCGACGGCGGCCCGUUCACUGGAGCCGAGAUGACACUUCAGGGCGAAUAUGCCGCCCAAGUUCUGGGCUUGACGAACGAUCAGGCGCCGCAGCUCAGACAGGAAAGUCGGCCAGUCGGCAUCUCACCCCGAUUACCACCGAACUCACCCUCGCCAAGAGUAGUCGAGCAGACCAGACCUCUGUCGAAUUCGGUUGCCGAGGUACCAAGGCCGCAUUCUAACACGGCGGAAACGCACAGGCACUUGGAACAAGCGAGGCUCACGAUGGAAUCUCCCCACCAUAGAUUGCAGUCACCUCAUCAAAGGUUACAGAGCCCACGACAGCCUGUCGAAGACGCUAGAAUAUCCAAUGAGGCGGCGUUGGAUCUGAGACAUGCACCUAGAACCUCACCUGCGCCACAACCCACCUUACCGCCGCCUGCAGCUAUCUACAGCGGCGGAUCAUCAUCUAGCGUCGGCACAGACAUCCUGGAUCUGUCGAUGCCGGAUAAGAACUCGGUCACAGAAGUCUGUUAUGUGUGCGGGGACGAAUUCAAGAGGGGAUCUCUCAGUCAUAUCGCUGCGAAGCCACUGCCAACCCCGCCAAAUCCGCCGCAUUCUUCUCCCAGUCCACCGCCGUUCUUUCCAUCACUGAUGCUUCAUCCUAGGCCGAGUAGAAGUCGACCCAUGGACAGUGCUGGACGAGUGCAGGCCUGCUCAGCGUGCCAGAAUCAUCUUAACUUGCAAUGGAAAGCGUACACGCGGCAAGGAGUACCGCAUGGUGAUAGAAAUUAUACGCUUCGCAAACGGCAAGCAUCUGCAAUGGAUACAACUACGUUUAUUUGCUACACUUGCGCUCUCGAGUACCCUUCAUCCAGUAUUAGACUUCUGUAUUGCUGUCCUAAUCCAGAGAAGGAGGUGUACUUCCCUUUUAUUUUACAUCUGAGACCUCCGACAGGAGCUAGUCCUAUUAGUCAGGGAAUGGUGCAGGUUUGCUCCAUUUGUUAUAAAGCUAUUCCGCAAAAGCAGCAGGUGUUUGGCGGAGAAAAUCACGAGGCGCAGCCAGCCGGACAAAAUGUAGAUUUCCGUCAACAAGGUCCUUCGCCACGGCCCUCUGUUCCAAAAUCUCCAGCCAAUUCAGCUGGUAGCGAUAUUCGCUUUAAGCCAUACGACUUAAACAAGUCAACGAUUGCUACAAACAAGCAACGAAGCAAUACCACCGUGAAAGCUCCCACGUCUGGGCAACGAAAUUCACCUAGUAAUGGUCCUGCGGAAAAUGGGACUGUUGUGCUUGGCCAAAAUUAUAGGUGCUAUAUCUGUGAGAGAUUGCAUCCUCGCACUCUUAUGGAGUGGUUAUCUACGAGCCCAGAGGGAAUGAAUUCACAUGCUAUGCAUUUUCCUUGCUUGAGAGGAAUGGCACGUACGUCUGAAAAUGCUUGUAUGGAUAGUCACGGGAGGGUAUUGGCAUGUAGUCACUGUGUGAAUCAUCUUGCGCAACAGUGGGAAAGUAUGGAUGCUCAACGGGUUCCUUUAGAACACCGCAGGUAUGAUAUUCCUAGUCCACAUCCAAAUGGUGACGUGAAUCGGUCAAUUGCUACCCCACCGAGCUCCAGUUCGGAUCGAACGUUCGGAAGCAAUCCGGGCACAUCGAGCAGCUCGAUUUAUUGUUUCCUAUGCGGUUUACACAGUGAAUUUACUCUAGCGAGAGUAUUGUACGGUCAUCCUGUGGGUCGAAACGCGCCAUUUUUUCCGUACCUGUUGCGUCACCAGUCACAUCCGAACGCCGAGCAGCUCCGCGAUGAUGGUUCCGCCCUGGUCUGCACGUUUUGUUAUCAUUCAAUGUUGGCGCAAUGGCGUCAGCAUGAAACUCUUUCCGGUGGACAGCAAGUGAACGCCGCCGAGCGCCAGUAUAACACCCACGACUUUUGCUGUUACGUUUGCGGCAUUGUGACGUACAGGAAACGGGUACGAGCGCUGCCGGUGAAGGACUUCCCGUUCUUGAGGUAUCACAGGGUCCCGGAGAAGGGCCUACUGUUAGAGAACGGCGAUUUUGCGGUGGUGUGCUUAGACUGCUACGAGACCUUGCGUACGCAGAGUCUCGAGUACGAGAGAUGGGGCCUGCCUGUUGAGAAACGAGAAUACAAUUGGAUUGUGCAACCUCCACCGCCCGAGGACAGUCCCGACGCGGCCAUAGCCAGAUUACCGUCGGGCGAAAGGUCCGAGAAAGUGGUUCCACCGACAUUAACCGUUAGGCCAGUGCGAAAGAACUGCUCACCAAAGGCACCCGAUAAAAAGGCACCUGCAAAAAUUCCGGAGAAGGAACAAGGUCUACAGCCCGCCAGCACCAAAGCUCAGCCAACCUCGAUUGGCAAGUCCCACCGACCCAGUUCCGGCGUACUACCUCAGGGUCACACCCCGGGACCUGGACCGGGCGGGCAGCAGAAUAGCAGGAGCUUCGCCGCCGCCCUGAGGAACCUGGCCAAGCAGGCGGGCCCGGCACCUCAGGAAGAGGAACCCCGUGCCAGCCCGAAGAACCGGGCGCCACCGCCCUUGGUCAGAGGUCCUUCCCCUGCUAAGGAGAGAUCAACGCACGAACGAAGACCUGAAGAAAUGCCCUCCUUGUAUACAACUGCCAGACCCGUUGAAACCAGCAAACACAGCGUAACUGCCGCGGCUACCGAAUUGCUGGCUCGUUCCGGUUUUCAGCCGUAUCGGCCCGAGCACCAUCCGGCCCAUCCACCGGCAUUCGCCUUGGACCCCGCGACCUAUGGCGCCUAUCAUUCCGGUCUUUAUCCACCGCCGCACCUGCCGCACGCUUAUAGAUUAGAGGAACAGUUGUACUUCGAGCGAUGUGGAAUGAUAAGACCGCAGUUGUUUCCGGGACUGCCAUCGUAUCCUCUGUACGGACUGAGAUACAGUCCCGAUAUGCUUCCUCCGCCGCCCGCCUCUCUGGGCCUCAUGUCUCCCGUGAUGCACGAACGACUGAAGCUGGAGGAGGAGCAUAGGCGGCAAGUACGGGAGCAGGCUGCAAUGCGGGAGGAGGAGGAAAGGAGAAGAGCAGUGAGAAGUUCUGCUCCCGCUGCCCCGGUACCCGCGCCUGCCCCUGCAUCCGCCGAUACUGCAGCUAGGAAGCCGACCAUAGCGGCUCAGAUGCAUAGCGACCGGGACCGAGAACGCGACAGUAGAGAACGACAAAGCAGUAGCGGUGGCGGUGGUGGUAAUAGCAGUAGCAACGCCAGCAACACUUGUGGGAACAGCACCAGCAACACUGGUAACUCCAACAGCAACAUCAGCGGACCCGUUGUUAGUGUCGGUAGCAAUCACCACCAAUCCCGAAAAGAGGAGCAACAGUCCUCCGUUCCUUCGACUGCACCACCACCACCGCCUCCCGAUCCAACAGCAGCAGCAGCGGCAGUCACCAUCUACCAUCCUCGUCUGCCACCCUUCCCCAGUUCAGCGGCAGCCAUCGGACCGACCCUGGGUUCCACUUCUAUAUGCUCCGCCAGUUCUGCGCCCAUUCCGCCUCCCUUGGGUUCCACUUUGCCUCCUUUGAAUCUUGGACCGCCACCGCCGGCGGCUAUAAGCUCGGCGCCGAUCUGUCCGCCGAUACCUUCCAUCCCGUCCUUGACACCUGGUGUCAUAGGACCACCGCCGCCACCUCCGCUGUCCCUAGGCAUGUCCCUUCCGCCUAUCAUCUCCAUUCCCUCUCUUCAUUUGCCCCCCGUGCCGUCGAGUACCAUUCAUUCUAGUCAGCACACGAUAAUGAGCAGCGCGACUACCACGGUCACCAGUUCCAUUUACCAUCAACAGCAGCAACAUCAACAGUCCUCGUCGCAACAGCAGCAGCAACAUCAACCACGCGCGAACAGUACGAGCGGUACGACGAGUUCUUUGCCCGGUGCGAUGACUACGCACGCGGUGCCGACGCCGCCCAACAGUUCUUCGUUGAACUCCAUGAAUCACAUGGUGCAUAAGUCCCCGCCGUUGUCCCACGGUAUUCAUGUACCCAGAAGCAAAGAACCGCCGACAACUACGACGACCGCGGGAACGUUGCCUACGACUGCGACCGUGACUACCACAACAAGCACCACGACAACGUCGCAGCCGGCUUUCGUCAGGCCCUUCGAGGACUCGUUCCGCUCUUCCUCGACAAAGACGCAACAGAGGCAUUCGAUAAUGAACAGUCAUAAUCACAGUAUAGUCAAUCAGAUCGGCCAUCACGAGCCAUCAUCCUUGAAGAAUUCGUCGAUGACGCCGAUUACUUCUCAAACCGUGGGUAGUCAGGUGAUACAGGAAAAUUCCUCGAUGGACAAUAAGUCCAUGAGCAGCCAACAAACGAUUUCCCAACCGAUUCCAACCUAUCCGUCACCUCAACAGUACCAUCAUCCACAUAUACCCGUCUCACACGUGCCAAGUCUCUACAAACCGUCGCAUUUCUCAACGUCGUCGUCGUCGUCGUUGUCGUCACCUCAUCAGCAGCAUCAUUCUCAACCCAAACUCAAUAUACCAACGAUAAACACUAGCAACAGUAGUCAUAGCAGUAGCGGCGGCACGAACGUCAUUAAUUCGACUAAUUCGAAUAUCACAAAGCAACAGAACGCGCAUCACGUCGGCGAGUCUCAUCAAACGACGACCACGAUGACCUCGCGAAAUGAUAGCGCGACUAAUUGUGUUUCCAGCGAGAAGACAAUGACCAACAUCAGUUUCAGUGCUAACACUCAAGUCAGUGGCGGUAAUAAAAUUGCAAAUAAUACAAAUGCGCAUCAUAAAAGCAAUUCGGACGUCGCGGCGAAAGACAACAAGCUGAACGCGGGCAACGAAAAGAGCGUGAGCGAGAAUAUAAUCCGGCAGCCGCAGUUGCCGAAUCAGAAUCACGUCGCGACAAAUUCGCUCCAGGAAAAAACCGCGAUCCCGCAUCUGCCUUAUGAACAGCAGGGAAAAAAUUUGAAGCCCUUGCAACCGGUGAACUACAACCUCGGCGAAAAGGAGGGCAAGAACGAAACCGAUUGUACCUUGCAAUGCGAUCAGAACAACGUCUUGUCCACAUUACCGUUUCAACCGAACUUUAAGUUCAGCAUAAAGGACAUUGCGCAGAAGCCGAUGGACACGACGCAGCUGAUGCAGAGCAUCAAGUCUGAGGAGGUGUUGCGCACUUGUCAGAAUGUCUCCAAUGUGCUCUUGCAAAUCCCGAAGUAUCAGGAGAAGCUCCUCAACUUCUCGACGAGCAACAACGAGCUAAAGACGACCGCGUUUUGCUUUACCGACAAGUGCAAUAAUUUGACUGAGAUUUCCGUGAAGUGCGACUCAGCGGUACUAAACGUGCCUGACCUCAGCAAAGCCCUGGGCAAGCAGGACGUCACCAAUAGCGAAAAGUCCUUCUUGAUGCCUGAGAUGCCGACGAAGGAGCUGACGUCGUCCCUCGAUCUAGCCGAGAAGAGGCGUAAGCGGAGGAGGGAAAAGAACACGGGCGUCACGUGUAGCUCUGACUCGGAGGGCGAGGAGGAAACCAAAGACGUGGAUCUUUGGAUCACGAAAGGUCCGCCGGCCAAGCUACAAUAUUCGGAAGACAAAUUGGCCUUCCUAGCCAUGUUUGGACUGACUACUCUGACUAUUAGGAACGAGAUAGAAUUGUGUAAGGUGGAAAAAAGAUAUAAAUUGAAUCCCGAUCCACCAGAACUACCUCUGGAAAUAGAACCUGCAGUGGAGUCCAUCUUACCGAUUCCGCGUGAGCAUCCGGAUGUUUUGCUUCACACGCCAGAUUUCGCGCCAAAAGUUGGCUUUCUCAGGACCAUAGGUCUCGAUAUUAUGCCUCCGAAUAAAAGAGAUGAGGCAGAAGUGACAUGGCAGUACGUCCUGGCAGAUCGCAAGAAACGGAAAAGCGCGAAUUCCGUUACUGCCUACUGUGAAAGAAUCGCCAAAGUUUAUUCUAGGAAUCCUCCAGCUUUACCAAAACCAGCUCAAAAAAUGCGUCUUCUGGACAGAGUUAAAGUGAAACAUACUCCGGAACGACCACCACCGUUACCACCCUUGGGUCCGAAGUAUUAUUCCACUUUACCUAUGCCUGGUGAGAAUGGUGUGAAGCAACAUUGUAAAGCUAUAGACAGCGAUAUAGACAUCGUCGACGAAAUGAGUGAGAAAAGGGAAAAGCCAAGGUGGACUGGAAUCGUGGAUGUUAUGUUCGCCUACAGCGAGUAUUUGAAAGAAAAAACAUUGGAGAGGAAGAUUCUGACAAGCGAAAAAUCAAAACUGAUGACACAGUCCGACAACUUACGUUCCGAGACUGCUCAGUUAGAUCGGAAGCUCUACGAGCUCCUGUCCGCCAGAACAGCACUUGAUUCCGAGAGGCGAAUUCUCAGCGAAAAAAUCGAGAGGAUCAACGCACUUGUUAGGAAGCUUAGAUAGCGUUGCGUAACGCACAACACGGAAACUCAUUCAUCUGUGAUAUUAUCAGCGGGUUAAGGGCCGUUAGCGUGUAAUACGCACUGCUAAACGUAACACUUAGAUAAGUAAUGGUUAAGGACAAACUCUUGAGUGACCAAAUGUACAGCGAUCCUUCGUAUUGUUUUGCGUACUUUAUUAAAUAAUAUAAAACGCGCCCCCUUUUUUGCCGUCGACGAUCGAUCGUGUGGAGAAAGCGGAAAUCUUCGGCUCUCGGCUGGUCCACAGAAGGCAAGCGAUCGCGUCCGGCUUGAACACGUUACCGCACUAAUUAAUAGAUAUUAUUUUUCGCAUACGUCGCUCGACAUCAGCGAGUGUGCUGAUCUUUAAUCAUAAACGCGGAGUCAUAUCAACCGUACCUUACAAGGAUAUGUAUAAAGUUCUAAUUGUACAAAUCGAAUUGUAUCCCAUCCGUGGAAAGGCAGUUUUUACGACCGCGAAUAAAAGGACGAAGGCUUUCUAGUUCUACAACUAACGGCUCUUACACUCCAAGCAUAAAUAAUUGUAAUUUGUAUCAUAUUUUAAUGAGAAAAAAAUAGACAAAUCGUGUAACUUAUUUUAUUCUGCGUAAUGUGGACUUUAACGUCGAGUACUUGGGGAAAAAAAAAUACAAUGAUAUAUCACGCAGUUUGUAUGUCGACCGAUUGAUAAAGCGAUGGAGAGGACAUUGUAUAAGAUCGAAAGGUGGCAUCGACUAUAUCGGACUGGCAGUAUCAAGAAACCGCUUGCACGCAACAGCGACUACGUCCUUAUUUUUACGUUUAGCAUAGUAGCGCGUGUGGUGAAACAGAUUUAAUCGAUUUGAAUCGGAUCGUAAUAAUCGGCAGGUAAACGAGCACCGGUUGCGUAUCCGGUCACGAGGAGGGAAAAAAUUCAGACGUUUUACGCGAGUUUUUGCGUUUUGAUUCACAAAGCAACGUUAUAACGACACGGGGAACUCUAGUCUACAGACGUGCCCAGGCAAUACGGGGAAGAAAAAGAUACGCGCGCCGAUAUGCAUAAGAUCAGAUUAGUGAGCAGUCCUUCCUUUCGAACGUGUCCACGCCGUUCACCGUAAUGAGCACGAAGGCCAGUGAAGAUACGGGGAGGAGCCUUAUUAACGUUGUAUAACAACAACACUGCGGUACUUAGAUAAUGCGACUUAAUUUUUAAAGAAGAAAAUAAAGGGGAAAGAAUAAAGAUAAUCGUGAGACUUCGCGCGGAGCACAUUCCACAUAAAAAAAAAAGCUUGUUGCCCGACCGUCAACAUUCCAACGCGUCACUUCACCGACAAUCGAAUUCUGGAACUCGACGCGAGUCGAGUGGCGAACCAAAUUUGAAAAGCAAAAAAAAAAAAAAGAAAGAAGCCGAUCGCACUGUUGGUUUUUCUUUUCUGGCGCGUCCAUGUCGCGUAAAUGCGCUCUACUUUUCGCACCUCGGUAUCCCUAAAGAACUUGUCUCCCGCUCUCUGCUCUCCGAGCGCAUCGUAUCUCGUAUCGAUAUAUAAAUCGCACGCCGUAGAAAACACCACCCGCCCAUACGGCGCGCGCGACAAAGCUACCAUUUAUAAGUUUCGCCGUUUCUGUUCAUUGAGUGCCUAACAUUUCUCCCUACAUUUGUACAUACCAUUAUUUUUAUGUAUUAUGUAAUUAACAAAGGAGGGACCGCGAGUGCGCGCCGGUCUCAUUCUCAACUGGCCAGAACAAGAGCCUAGGAGUAAAUUGUUGAAAACAUGAACCACA